UAUUGGCUGCUUAAAAGAAAGUGACUGAAGCCGAGACUUGGAGCGCGAACGGGAAAAGGGAUAUCGGAUUUUUGGAUAUCGGAACCCUAAGAGAGGUGCACGCAAUUGAAGGGCAGUUAGGGGGCGGGAAAUGUGGAGAGAGCUCGGCGGCCAAUGAGUGUACUCGUUAUUGAGGGCGUGGAGCUGCCCAAUGGGAGGGCGGGUUGUUGUGUUGCAGUUGGCCUGCCGCUGUGAGAGGCGGCGGUGGCGGCGGCUCCGGCUCCUAGAGCAGGAAGGGGACAGCGACGGUGACAGGUAAGCGCCUGCUGAACGGCCGGAAGACUCUGUGCCGCCGACACGGAUGGGUGGUUCCCUCUUUGGCCGAAUGAAAGAGAGCUCUCGGCGCUGGAGGGGCUGUAUGGAGGGAGAAGGUCGGGAAGCUCUAGGGGUCAGUCAGUCUAUCAGCUGUUUCCUAUCCUCUGGCUGCCCAGAAAAGAAGAGACAAGAGCUUCUGUAAUCAACAGUAGGAGACUGAGAGACUAUCUUAAAGUUCAACAAAUGUAUUCCAUACUUGAAAUCUGCUGCUUUCUUCUACCACCACCUCCUUUAGAGAUCUGAUUUCUUAAAAGGUUAAAAAGGACUUAAAGGUAUAAGAAGAUGCUGGGAUCUGAACGUGGUGUAGUGGAAGAAUGGUUAUCAGAAUUCAAGGCAUUACCUGAAACUCAGAUCACCAACUAUGCAGCAACUCUGCACAGGAAAAAAACACUGGUACCAGCUCUCUACAAAGUUAUUCAAGACUCAAAUAAUGAGCUCCUAGAGCCUGUCUGUCACCAGCUUUUUGAACUAUAUCGUAGUUCUGAGGUUCGGCUCAAGAGAUUCACUCUACAGUUCUUACCAGAAUUAAUAUGGGUUUAUUUACGACUUACUGUUAGUCGGGACAGACAAAGUAAUGGUUGCAUUGAAGCACUGCUACUAGGGAUCUAUAAUUUGGAAAUUGCUGAUAAAGAUGGAAAUAAUAAAGUGCUAUCUUUCACUAUACCUUCCUUAUCUAAGCCUUCAAUAUACCAUGAGCCCUCAACUAUUGGAUCCAUGGCCUUGACAGAGGGAGCACUGUGUCAGCAUGAUCUCAUUAGGGUAGUAUAUAGUGAUCUUCAUCCACAAAGGGAAACAUUUACUGCACAAAACAGGUUUGAGGUCCUGAGUUUUCUCAUGCUAUGCUACAAUUCAGCUAUUGUUUAUAUGCCUUCCUCCUCUUAUCAGGCAUUGUGCCGCAUGGGUUCCAGACUUUGCGUGAGUGGGUUUCCACGGCAAAAUGAAAAACACUGGAAAGAACCUUGUGGCCGAGUGGUAUUGGAUCCUGAAUUUAUGGUGCAGCUUCUGACAGGUGUCUAUUAUGCCAUAUAUAAUGGACAAUGGGAUCUUGGCCAAGAAGUACUGGAUGACAUAAUUUACAGAGCUCAACUAGAACUUUUCUCUCAACCAUUACUGGUUGCUAAUGCCAUGAAGAAUUCAUUACCAUUUGAUGCUCCUGAUUCUUCACAAGAAGGUCAGAAAGUACUUAAAGUAGAGGUCACACCCACAGUGCCAAGAAUUUCUCGGACUGCAAUCACAACUGCUUCAAUCCGACGUCAUAGAUGGAGGCGAGAAGAUGGCUUUGACUUCUCAAACGAGGCUGACUCGAGUAUUCCUGGCUCCCCGAUCCAACACGGCUCCACAGACGUAGGGAUCAAACGUGUGCGAGAGGGGGAGGUGCUGGUGCGCAGGACCCCUGAGCCUGGCUCGCCGGAGCCCACCUUGGCAGCAGCCACAACAGAGGGUGCUGAGGGUGUAAAUGGAGGAGAGGAGUCUGUGAACUUGAAUGAUGCAGAUGAAGGAUUUUCAUCAGGGGCUUCCCUCAGCAGUCAGCCAGUUGGGACCAAACCAUCAUCCUCUUCUCAGAGAGGAAGCUUAAGAAAAGUAGCAAGUGGGCGUUCAGCCAAGGAUAAAGAAACAGCUUCUGCCACCAAGUCCAGCGAGAGCCCUCGAGAGUCAGUAGUUCGUAAGCAGUAUACACAUCAACCAACUGAUCUUAGUGUAGAUUCCAUUGAGUUGACACCAAUGAAGAAACACCUGAGCCUACCCGCAGGGCAGGUGGUGCCAAAAGCUAAUAGCUUAAGUCUUAUCCGGACAGCCAGUGCUUCUUCAAGUAAAUCGUUUGACUAUGUGAAUGGCAGUCAAGCCAGUACAAGCAUUGGGGUUGGCAUUGAGGGAGUUACUAAUUUAGCAGGUAGCAAUGCCAAUCGAUUUUCAACUAUCAGCCUACAGGAAGACCGGCUAGGUCAAGCUGGGGAAAGUAAAGAUCUCCUUAGCCCAGGAACCCCCCUAACUAAGCAGUCUCGCUCCCCAAGCUUCAAUAUGCAGCUAAUAUCACAGGUGUAGUUUUGACACGUUCGACUUCUUCUCUUACUGCUUAUCUUUUAAAACCAAACAUUUCAUUGCGCAAGAAGAAACUUUAUCCCACAGUCUGAAACUACUGACCAUUGUAAUCAAAUCUGAUUCAGUUUAGGUAUCAUCAUACUGUAUUUUGUACUGAAACAGCAAUAAGAUUUUCUUUCUCUUCCUAUUAUUCCUCUCUGUCCCCCUAUCCUCACCCUAAAUGUGUUUGUGAAGCAGUAUAAAAUGUUUGCCUUUUCAUGCCUCCCUUUCUCCUUGGGUGAUGUGCAAUCCAUCAUCGUAGGCUGAUCGGUCCCAUUUCAACACUGUGAGACUGCAGAGACGUCAGAGGAAAUGGUGUAUGUGAUCCCUAUGAAGUGAUUCUUUGACUUUGUUAAGUAAUAGAAACGGGUUCUCUUAAUAUACAGGACUAUGAAAACUACUGGAUCGUAUUUUUUUUUCCCUCAAAACCAGGAGUGCCUCAGAGAUUCUACUGACUCCUUGGACUUCUCUGAGUUUGUGCAAUCUUUUGUUUGUUUCUUUUCUUUCUUUUUUAAUUUUUUUCAGAAGUAUGGGAAAAAAAGAUGGGAGAAAAUAGAUCAGACAUGGAUCCUGGCACUCUGCUGUUCUUAUAUAUUAAAAUGAGGGCAGCAGUUCUUUUCCCCCAACUUUUUUACUCUGAAAAGUUAAAACAGUCACUGAAACAUUCAAAUAAGUUUUAGUCUCCUCCAUUGCAGAGAAGGUUCUAAGUUUAUUGUGAAAAUGAUAAUGCACUUUUAAUGGCUUUAUAGCCAUAUUUAACGUAAUGUCUUCCCUCUUUCUUAGUAGGACAUAUAGGGUUAUUAUGUCAGUAAGUUAAAGUUUGAAACAAUAAGCAAGUCCAAGAAUCUGGAUGGGGUAUCCUAUUUCCUAGACAUGAUGAACAGUUUAUUCUUGUUUGUGAAUUGCUGAUGACUGAUUCAAACAAGUACAUAUUCAGGUAAAGAGAGGAAUUUCUCAAUUCAUCUUCAGUGAAGCCCUCUCAGCUGCUUUCUAGGUGUGCCUAAAUUCAGUCAAAUACUUUGGAUUAGGAAAUCUACAGUCCUGACAGAUUAUAUAUACUUCAUGGAGGUACAUCAGGGACAGAUAUUUGCUUGGGGGAAUCACUGAAGUUUCACUGUAAUACAUUUUUCUAAAAACUAUUUCCCUCCAGGGGAUAUCGCAAUGUUUUCUGCUAAAAGGACCACAUUGCCUAUUUAUUCAUCAGUCUACUGCAUUUGUGAGCAUGUUCAACAUUAUUUGAAAGUGGUUUCCUCAUCCUUUAGAAAAUUUUGAAAUCAUGUCAGUGGGCUAGACAUUAAAUAUGUGACUAGCUUUUCAAAAUUGUUAAGAGACUACAAAAAUAUAGCAUACAAAAUGUCAGUUCUGAUUUGAUUGGAGAAUCAUUUUAUUAGAUAUUACAUAGCAUCCCUGAAUCUUUGGCUCUGAUAAUUAAACUCCCAGGGACCACAUAUAUUGUCUUUAGAAAAUACACACAUACGCAUAACAAAAGUAUUGUUAUUAUACUUUCUUAGAAUCAUAUAAGUUUUCUUCACAUAAAACAGACCAGAAUUGAUGUUACAUAGUUUUUAGGCACUUUUCAUUGAUGCUGUGAAAAAAAUGUUUUGGGAAACUUCUAGAAAGAUUUUUCUCUUGAACAAAUCUAGAAAUUGAAAAUUUUUGGAAUUUGCUAAAUACAGGUACCAGAAAAGGACCCUAUUUCUUCCAUCUUUUAUGAAAAUCCUUUAUUUUGAUGGGAAAGGAUUUACUUUCAAACAAUUACUAGAAUAGUUGGAUUCUUAUUUCAAGAUAAUAUUCUGUAAUGUUUUCAGUUCAUAUUCAAAUUGGCAAAUUAGAACCCUAAACAUCUAUAACAUUGCCCAAGUCCAAAGAUAAGACAAGAGACUUUAGAUAUACACACAUCUAUAUAUGUAUAUACAGAAACGUGUGUAUAGUAUGUAUGUAUAGAUACAAAGAUCUCUCAAACAUAUUUUAAAUAAGCAUCAUUUAUUUUAAAAAUUGGUCCAUGAGAAAUGUCAGAGAAGUGAAAAAUAUCUAAUAUAAACAAGAAAGCAGAAUUCUGAUCAUAUUACAAAAAUUUUUAAAUAACAUGAAAGGAGAGGAGUACUUGUAGAUUACUGGAAGUAGAGGGUGAAUAUUUUGCAGAGACUUCUAACUUCUUUUAAGAGAGCAAAAAGUUGUUUUGUUUUGUUUUUUAAAUUCAGUAAUUCCACAAGCAUUUAUUGAGUACCUUCAAGCACAAAAUUACUAAUAUAAAUAGAAGUGUGAAAUGAUAAAUAGUACAAAAUUUCAAAACCCUUUUUUUCUUCAUCAAAAUCCAAGAUGUAUAUGUAAAGAUUAGUUUGGGGAUUUAUAUCUGUCUAUGUAUACUACAUUGUGCACAUACAUAUUUACUACACCCAUUAGAACUUCAUAAUCUUGAUGAACAAUUGUGUUUUCACUAUGUCCUUUUAUUUACUACAAUUUGACUCUAUAUUUGAAACAUUUCAUUGAAUUGAAACGAAAUAUUCAAGUAAUUAACUUUUUUUUUUUAAUAAAAUGGCAUUAUCAUUGAAUUGUCUAUUUAGGAAAAUGCCUUAUGGCUUCCAGUACAGGUUUUUGGAUGAUCAGAUUAUUUGUUGGCACUUUUUUCUUGAAGUAGUGCCUUUUUGUAUAUACAAUAGUUGGAUCUAUAGACAUUUGGAAAUCAUUUUUAUCAUAUAAUGAAUCAAUUCAUACUGGAUAAGCUAUUCAUAAUUUCCAUAAAGUGUCUUACAGAUCACUACAGAGACCUACUGUUAAAUGUGUCACCAAAAUUUGAACUGAGCCAAUCUAUGAUAAAGCUAUUAAGGAAUGAAAUGCCAAUUUUCUAUAAUAAUGUAGAUUUUUCAUUGAUGUUGUCCAUGUUGGAUCUAGAUUUGGCAAAGUGCCUGAAGGGAUAUGAAAUACACACACACACACACAUACACACACACGCACAUAUAUUUAGGGUAAGUUAUUUUAAGGCCAUGUUAAACAACUCUAUGACAAUAAAAAAAAGGAACUUGAUGAGAAGCAAAAUAAAGUAUACAAUGAAAAGUUGCCUUCUAGGGGUAAAUUAUAAAAAUUUUUGUUAAGAUAAGCUGCUUUUUGGUGGUGGUGGGAAGAUUUUAACUUGAAACGUUUGUUUUUCCUUUGCUUACUCUACUGUACAAUCAUGGGAUUUUAAAGCUAGAAGGACCUUGAAGAUUAUCUAGUCCAGCUGCCUCCUCCAUUUAUAGAUGAGGAAGCUGAAGCUCAAAGACAUAAAUUGGUUUGCCCAAUGUCACCCAGUUGGUGGAAGCUAGGACUAAGCCAAGGUCUCCUGUCUCCCAAGCUAUUUCUUUCUACUAUGCCAGGCACUUCUCAUUCUUUUACAGUAUUGUGGUAUAUAGCAUCAAGCACCCCAUUCCCUUCAGCUCCUUUAUCCUAUGGUAUGGUUCAACAUUUAAAGGAAAAGAUAUAUGCAAGCAAAAUGUAGAUUACAUCAUUUUUCCAUUUGUAGUUGAAUACUACAUACACAUAAGUGUUGGACAUGUAGGUAACUUUGUAUAUGUAUAGUCUAUACACAUACAGUAGUGUUAAUGCAUUAUCUCGUCAUAAUUUCUGCCACAUUAUACUGAUAUGCUUCCAUUUUGGCUAAUUUUUCUGAGGUUUUAUUUAAAAGUAAAGUAACUCCUUCUGAAAUGACUUAAUCAGUAUUUUUGUCAUCCAAAUUUUACAGAAGUACUAAAGUGGCAAAUUAAUUACAUGUCCAAUUGAAUAUCGCAAAAUAAGAAUAUUGAAUUUUCUGUUCUAGUCAUUUUUUUUACAUUUAAGAGAUUAUACUUAAUAUACUAUAAAUACAGGUUAAAUUUCCUUGUGUGAAUAGAGAGUUAGAUUUAUUGUAAAACUUCUGCUUCCUUAUUAUAACAGUAAACAUAUCGUAAAAAGUAAAUAUCUUCUUAAAUGUCUUGUAGCUGCAGUAGUUUCAGAUAAUUAAGCUUGACAUUUCCAAUCUGAAUUUUCAAAUUCUACUCAUAAGCUUUAAAAUGAAUCAUCUGCUUGAUAACAUUAGAAAAAUGAGAAUAAAAAUUUUUCUGAUUUGUUUAAUUUGCACUAUUUUUUUAAUAUUAGGAUAAAGUAGUGUUUUUCUUUUCCCCACCACUUGAAGUUUGUAUGUGUCCUUUGAUUAUGUUUUACAGUCCAAUUCUGUCAGCUAAUUCUAUGUUCAUUUGUAAAUAGAAAAAAAUUCCAAGAUUAAGUGCAGUAGCCCAUUGCUAAGCAGUGGCAAGUAGGAUCAUUCCCAUUUUUCCCCCAAUAUUGUAAAGUAUGUGUUUACUUGUGUAUUUGAAAAUCAGUAUUUCAUUUCUGAAUUUUUUUGAGGAAAAAACAUAUAUUUAAUAAGUCAUAGCUAAGGAAUGAAUCAGGAAAUUCCAUGUAGAUUUUAGAGCUUUUUUAUUUUAAGGUUAUAGUAGUCUACUUGCAGAAUUUUGUUGCUUUUGUUUCAUUUUGACUUUUUUCUUUCAUCUUUUGAGAUAGUUGGUUGUUAUACUGUUUUAGAGUAUUAAUUCAUUUCAGACAUGUAUUUGUAAUGAUUAAUUUGAAGUUUUCUUUAAAGAUACAUAUUCUUAAGAAAGAAUUAUUUUGGAAAACAAAUAAAAAAUUGCUCUUACUAAAUAGCUUAAACUCUUCCCUAGAAUCAGUCAGAUCACAGAACAGUAAAACUGAGUUAAUGUUCCUAAUGAAAUCUUAAGUUGUCAUCUAAGUUGGUACAAUUAAUUAGUCUUUGCCAAAAUUGUCACAUUGAUGAUAGAUCUACAUAUAGUUCAAGGAAUGAAUAACAGAUCAUUCUAAGUCACUAGUCACUAUCCCUGCUAUUUGAGAAUAUUCAUUUUAAACCAGACCACAUGAUAUUUGACAUAUUCAGUGUUUUUAUUUUAGAAAUAUCCUGGUUUCCACAGUUUUGUCUUUUAGUUAAGUUGUCUAGGAACAAUAAACUGCAAAACAUUAUGGCAACUCAUAAAGCUGAUUCUGUGUGAAAUAAUAGGUAUUGUAGAGCAGAAAAUGACUUAAUAUUUUUUUGCUUCUGAAUUUGAAAAAUGUAUUAGUACUGUUUACACUUGGUAUGAUGUAGAUAAAUUCUUGAAAGUAUACUAUGAUGUUGAAUAUGACUCUUAUAAAAGAACAGUAUGUAAAAAUAAGUGUAGCUGGGCUGAUAGCAAUGAGAUUGCCUAACAUUUAAUUUAUUUAUUAUCAAAGGUUUCAAUGUAGGGGACCCUCUUGAAUAAUUUUUCCAAAAGAAAUAAACUUAAUUGGCACUUGAUUCUCAUUUAGAAAACUGAUUUCAAGUCUGGGUUGCAGUAUUUGUAGGUCUUUAGUUCAAUGUUGCCUGUAAUAUCUAGGAUAAUAAAUUAUGUCUUCCCUGAUUUCAUUAUUUUACCAAAGAAAUUUACAAACCAAAUAUUAUUUUUAAAUUAUCUGAGAUUUUUAUAAUUUGUCCUCCCUUGUUUUUUAAUGUGGAAAAAAAUUAAACAAUAGGUUCUUUGAAAAGUAGAUUACCUAUAUACACUUGGGAAUCUGAGUAGAAUUCUUAGAGGUUUCCAUUCUUUAUCUGAAAUAAGUUAAAUUUUGUUGUUAUUCUGAUGGUAAUUUCUGUUAACAAAAUAUACAAAACAGAAGGUCUAGUUGUGUAUAUUAAACACCUUAAAGAAUUAGAAAUUAGAAAUAUUUUUCAUUAGAAUCAUAGAAGGAAAAGCCAUUUUCAACAAAAGUUAACAAAUACAUAUAAGAUCACACAUGAUUUCUUAAUGAGGACCCUUUUUUCAUGGCACAUUGUAGUGUGACAUGCUUUCUACAUCUCUUCACCAAUUUAAGUAGAUUAAAUAUCCUACAAUAUGCCAGUAUUGAAUAGGACAAUUCAAAUAUCAAUAAGUCAUCCUCAGAAUGAGAGUUGGAAAGGUAGAGUGGAUGAGAGCCUUAGGGACUGGAGAACUGUGUAGCCCUAGGCAAAUCAUAUUGCUCCAGGCAACUCACUACAAUUAAGUUAGGGACAUAAUGGUUCAUCAGCAUCUUCAAAGGUUUUCAUACUUCAUCAUUACACUGAUGAAAUCAGAUCUGGACCAAAAAACACCUUAUAACAUGUAACAUGCCAUAAGAAAGUCACAGAAAUGGACCUCUUUAAAUUAGCACUCUCAAACAUUUCUGCUAGAUUUGCUUGUGGCGUAUGGGAAAUGUUAUUAGUAAAAUGGGGUUAUAUCUUCACCUAUAAUCUAUAUGAGUAAUUACUGAGGAUUUUUCUUUGCAGUUAUCUUGGGCUAAGAACUAUUUGAAUAUAUAUGUGAAAUGAGUUUAUUGGGAGUGUUACUCCUAAAUAUGCCAUUUUAAAUUUUGCCAUUUUAUUAAGAAAUGUGAUUAAGCUAAGAGAAUAAUAAGAUGUUUUACUCAGUCACUUCAGCAUACUGUUUUUCCUUAACAGAAAAAUUAGAAAAAUAAUUGAUGUUUUGGUUAAUUUAACCAGACCGUUUUGAAAACUAUAAAUAGAUUUGUUUUCUAAACAUUAGGAGGGUGGUUUUUUUUUUUAAGUUUUAUUAAGAAAACUGUACUGAGAGGUAUGCCCCCCCCACGUGAUUUUUAACAUUUGUAAUAAAUUCAUAUACUUUACAAUGAAUCUUUUUGAUUCUUAUCCUUGAAAUUAUACUGGAUUUACAUUCAGUUUGACUAGCUAAGAGACACAAUCUUUAAUGGUUAAAAGAUUAUUUUCAUACUUUUUUCUCAUGCUAGUUUGGCUCUUCUGAGCUAAGGUUUCUGAAAGACUCUUAUGACUUUGGCAUUGUAUAGUCUUUUCUGUCUUAAUAGAAAAGGAAGCAUUAAAUAAACCUUUGCUGAGAAUAUGUUUAUUAGAUGAAAAGAUGUAGACUAUGUAAAACAAAUCUUAUUUUUCACCAGCAUUAAACCGAAGAUUGCAUGCACUAGGCUGCCCAAGUGUUCAAGAUUUAUUGCUGGUGAAAAUUUAAAUAAGUAUGUAAAAAACAAGAUCUCUACUGUGUGAUGUCCCUUAACCUAGGACCAGUAAAAAUCUUCAUUUUUUUAGAGCUAAGGGUGACACACACAUUGAAGAUCAUGUGCAUGUAAGCCAUUAUUUUAAUAACUGUCUUACUAAAAACUGGUUAAUGCUAUUGACUGUUGUUGAAAUGUGAAAUAUAUUUACUGUUGACUUUGUAAAUAUCAGCCAGAGAUGAAAAAAAUAUUUUAAGUCAUUGUAAAUAAAGAUGUAAAAAAUUCAUUAUCAGUCUGCCAAGCAGAAAAGAAUACCUAAAAAUGUUAAAUAAAUAUUGUGUUUCUGGAUAGCCGUGUACCUUUUUUCUAAAUAAACCAUAUUUAUGUA